AUGAAUAUUUUAAGAACUCCAAGUAGAGCUUCCAAUAACUCUGAAAAAGUUUUGCAUACACCUCCAAGUAUACAUCAUGAUGUCUUUGGCUCUAAUAAGCAAAAGUUCAUGAAGGGCCUUUCAGGAAAGGUAAUUAGAAAAUCUCCUAAUAAAAAUUUGAAUAAAAUAACAACGCCAAAACCAUUAACACCACCUUCAAGUGUAAAAUCAAAGAAACUUAACAAACCUCCUCCCUUAAAGUUGAAUAAUGACUUUAAAAUCGACUUAUCGACAAAUAAAAAAAAGUCAAUAAAAAAAUAUAACCCAUUGACAUCUAGUCCACAACCACAGCAAUCAGUUAACUUAUUGUCACCAAUACCAUUAAUGUUUACUACUAACAGUAAAAAAAUCGAAGGCAUUACUCCAUUGAAUAGCAAUUUACUGAAAGGAUUAUUUGAGCCUACAAAAAUAACAAGUGUUGAUCAAAUGGUGAUAGGUGGUGAUGAUGAUCUCCAAUUCAUGUCCGAUGAAUCACCAACUCUUUUACUCAAUGCUAAGAGAAGUAGUAGUAGGAAUUUUUCCAAUCGUUCUGAAGCUGUUAAGGUCCAAAAUUGUUCGAUUUGUGAAGAGUGUAUGAGUUUAAAGCUUAACGGAGAAAAGGUUAUUGAACUUGAUUGUGGUCAUGUUUCUCAUUACGAAUGUUAUAACUCUGUUUUUACAAGUACCAGCAAAUCAACUAAAACACCUCAGUGUUCUUUUUGUUUAGAAGCUUCUCUACCAAAAGAUGAAGAUGUUAUGGAGAAACUAGUUUCGAAUUCAUUGAUAGCAGAAUCACCAACAUUUAAUGUACCAAUGUCUACUACUUCUAUUAAAAAGCAAUGGUUAAAUCCAACAACACCUACUAAUAAUUCAAUUUCACUACAGACUCCAUAUGAUCAAUUAAUUCAAACCGCCGAUAUUACAACUAAUGGUUUUAUCAGUGCUAAUUCUACUGUGAGAAACUCUAUUCUAACUGGCACUGAUGACACUCAAUUUAUGUUUAAUCUAAUCAAAGGCGUCAUAAAAGAUUAUUCAGAAGACCCUUCUACCUAUCAACUUCUCGAUAUUACUGAGGACAGACAAGAAAAAGACGUAGAUUUAAAACUAAUUGAAACUCCAGAUAAUUUCAAAUUAAAGUUACAAUUUAAUGAUAGCCUCGGUGAUAGUGAAGAAGAAGACAUACUAUAUAGUGAUGAGGCAACUAAUGAGCUAAAAGAUGAUAUUGUUAAGCAAGUGACAGCUCAAUUAAAUCUCCGUGAAACAUAUGGCGAACUUCUUAUGUUUGAUAAGGUCAAAUAUUCUAAAGAUGGAGAAAAUUGGAAUUCAAAGAUUACAGUACUCUAUUUUACUAAAUAUUUGAUCUUAUUUGAUAACUUUGAAAUGAAAGUGUCAGGUAAGUUACCUGUUUCUCAGAUUUUCCAGGCUAAAAUGUUAAAUCACGACACUGUCAUCAUGGAUCUAAUGAGUACUUCGGUACCAGAAAUAUAUUUUUGUUUUGAUGAAGGAUGUAAUAAUAGUAAUAGUAAUAGCAGUAAUAAUAAUAACAGUAAUAGUGAAUCAUUAACAGAUGAAAUCAACCCUACUGCUCUCAAAUGGAAAUAUUAUAUUGAAAAUGCUGGAAAGCACAUAGAAAUCCCACCUCAAUUUAUAACACAUAAUGCCCUCGACAUAUUAUCGCAAGAUUUACAGAAAAACUUGGUUGAACUUAAAGCUAGAGGUGAUGCGAGGAAGGAGUGGCUUGUGAAUUAUAAUGACACAACUCUUCAGUUGAUAGUCUGUAUUAAUGUCUCUACAAAAGGAGAUAUCACUGAAUACAAGAAACGGCUCACUGAAAUGCUAAACGGCAUUUUAUCGAAGUUGAAUGCGGACGAUAAAUUUGGAUUGGUAAUCUUAGGACAAGAUGGUGAUGGUAUUAUCAGUGAAGCCGGCAAAUAUAUAGGUCUAAUAAAUAAUGAAUGGUGUGGCUGGCGGGAGAUAAUAGAAGAACUGGAGAUAACCAAUGAGGAGAUUUUCUCAGAUAAUGAUAAGAUUAUAUUAAAAGCAUUGGAAACCUCGUGUAAACUUCUCUCUGCUAAUCAUUUUGAUCUUCCAUCUGAUGAUCACGAAUCUGAGAGACUUUCUAAUUCUGCCAGGAACGUAUUGAUAUUAGCAAAUGAUGCAUCUUCGAUAGGAAGAGAUGGAUUAGCUAAAAAAUAUGAAGAAAGAUUAGAAAUUGAUUUUUCUUGCCAGGUACAGAUCAUGAGUCUGAAGACCUUAGAAAGGUCAAUGGAUUACUUCAUUGACGAUCUGCAUAGAAAGAAAUUUCAAAAUAUCGUUGUUCACAUAAAUGAUGGCAAAACAUUCAGAUUUGGUAAUAUGUCCUCAGGUGAGAUCAAAUACUGUAAAUACGAAAUUGCUAACAUCUCUGAUCUAAUAACCGACAGAAAAGUGAUACUGACAUGGUUUGACUUAGACCAAAUGAGAACAAUAAAAGUCCAGAAGAACCUCACAAUUACUUCUACUGCAUAA